UGAAAUCAGUAGCUGAUCGAAGUGUCGCGGAUUCCUGCUUGUUAUUUGAUUAAAGAUGUCGUACAAGGUUGAACCUCUGCCGGACUCAGUGGCCCGAUUGGGUGAGGGACCCCACUGGGAUGAGGCUCGUCAAAGCCUGUACUACGUGGACCUCGAAACGGCCGGCAUCAACCGCUACGAUUACAAACAGAAGAAGAUCUACAAGGCCAAAAUAGAGGGCGAGACGUACGCCACUUUCAUCCUACCCAUCGAGGGCAAGCCCCAGGAGUUCGCCGUGGGCUGCAUUCGUCGGUGUGCGAUCGUCCAGUGGGACGGUUUAUCCCCAGUGGCCAAGGUGGUGCGCACCCUCUUUGAGAUCCGGCCGGAGCUGAAGGAGAACCGACUGAAUGACGCCAAGACUGAUCCCAAUGGACGCUUCUACGGAGGCACCAUGGCCCACGGCACCGAGGACUUCUUCAACCUGUGGAUUGGAGAGCUCUACAGCUGGGAGAAGGGUCAGCUGAAGGUCAUCAAGGACAAGGUGGGCCUCUCCAACGGCCUGGCCUGGGACACCAAGGCCAAGAAGUUCUACUACGCCGACACCAACAACUUUGAGGUCGUGGGUUACGACUACAACCAGAGCACUGGUGCCGUUACCAACCCAAAGGUCGUCUUCGAUCUGAGGAAGAUCCGCCCCGAGGGUCCUCUCUAUCCCGACGGCCUCACCAUUGAUACCGAUGGCAACGUUUACGUGGCCACUUUCGGUGGUUCCUCUGUAUUUAAGUUCGAUCCAAGCACUGGAAAGAUCCUCGUGGAGAUUAAGCUUCCCACCAGCCAGGUCACCUCGCUGGCCUUCGGAGGCCCCAACUUGGACAUCCUCUACGUGACGACAGCCAACAUUUCCGAGCUGCCCAAGCCCGCCGGCACCAUCUUCCAGGUGACGGGGCUCAACGCCAAGGGUUACCCGGGAGUCAACUUGAAGAUAUAGAUUCUAAAGCAAACCAAACCUUUUCAAACUACUAUUAAUUAUAAAUAAAUAAUCCUUGUUGGCUGAUGAACUCCA